CUCAACAGAACCUGGCUGUCAGUAGUUGAAGUGGAAUUUGAUCUUUUACGUCUUCUAAACACAAUUAUUAAAGAAAUCGGAAUUAAGUGAUAGGUGCAUUAUAGAUAAAAUUAGCUGGAAAUGGAGACGGAGCGGUAUGACAUCGUUGUUUUCGGAGCCAGUGGCUUCACUGGUCAGUUUGUUGUGGAGGAAGUAGCAAAGGUAGCCCCAGGACAGAAUCUGACCUGGGCGGUGUCAGGACGGUCCAUGGAAAAGAUACAAAAGGUCCUCGAUAAAGCCUCCAAAAGGACAGGAGCUGAUUUAGAAUCCAUCCCUAUCAUAAUAGCAGAUACAUCAAAUGAGGAAUCUCUUCUACAGAUGGCUAAGCAGGCCAGGCUGGUCUUGAAUUGUGUUGGCCCAUAUCGUUUUUAUGGAGAACAAGUGGUUAAAGCCUGUGUUGAGGGUGGAGCACAUCACCUGGACAUAAGUGGAGAACCUGCAUACAUAGAAAAGAUGCAGUUGAAGUACAACGGAGAAGCACAGAAGAGCGGUGUUUUUGUCAUUAGUGCCUGUGGAUUCGAUAGCAUCCCUGCUGAAUCUGGCAUUCUGUUUGCCAAGAAAAAAUUUGAAGGUCAAAUCAAUGCCAUAGAGAGUUAUCUGGAGAUACAUGCUGGUCCACAUGGAAUGGCCGUUAACAAUGGGACUCUGGAAUCUGCCAUAUAUGGGUUUCUUCAUGAAGGAGAACUUAAGUCUCUCAGAAAGGCCUUGUUUCCAGAACCACUUCCUCCUGCCAAAUAUAAACUCCCUAAACGGGGGAUGUUAUUUAAAAAUGACAUUAACAAGAAAUGGACAGCCCCCUUCCUUGGGAGUGACAAGUCUGUUGUUUACAGAUCACAACGUUUUAACUUCACCGAGAGGAAAGAAAAACCUAUUCAGUUCCAGCCUUAUGUCUGCUACAACAGCUUGCUGACCGUGUUUGGGUUGAUUUGGUUCGGACUGACAUUCUUCAUCAUGAGCAAAUUUAGCUUUACCAGAAAACUGUUCCUUCGUUACUCUUCAUUUUUUACUGGUGGAUUAUUUAAACCUGAGGGGCCCUCCAUGAAGCAGAUUGAGACCUGUAGUUUCUCCAUGACAUUUGUCUCCAGAGGCUGGAAGAACAAAACUGAUGAAGAGCCCCAGUCACCUCCUGACACGGUGAAAAUCACCAAGGUAACGGGGCCAGAGGUUGGAUACGUGACGACUCCUAUCUGUAUGGUACAAGCUGCUGUUGUUGUGUUGAAGGAGACGGAUAAACUCCCUGGAAAUGGUGUAAUGUCUAGGAGAUCUCGGAUCCACCCCCUGCCCUGGCCAGAGGUCCAGUUUUACCGUGGGGUACACGUCAGUGCUGUCGUAUACAUUACCUGGCUGGUCUACAGAGCAUCUAGAGAAUAUGACGGAGCGCUGAAUAUUUAUGCUUUUGAGGCAGGAUGGAAGUGGAUUGGAGCUGAUAAGGAUGUAUCCAAUUAUGAAUGGCAUUACUUUUACAACUGGUUCUGGGUGGUCUUGCCUUUUUAUGUAGGUCAUGUGGCCUUGUCAAAAAUCAUUGAGUGGAAUUUUAUUGAGAAGAGAAGAUGGGUGGAUCUAAUCUACUCCUGUGGUGUUCUCCUGUAUCUGAUGGGUUGGAGGACUAUUGUUUUGUUUACUUGUCACUGUUUGUUCAUGUUUCUCAUUUCCUUCUCCCGAUCAUUCGUAAUUGUCUGGAUUACCUCCCUUUCCCUCCUAAUGACACUUAAUGUGGACUAUACUUACUCCCUUAUGCGUGACUGGUGUUGUCAGGAGCGUGAUGGGGAGUUUUACCUAAUGGUGUACACCCUGGCUCUCACUCACCUCCGCUACACUAGCUUCUGUCUGGAAAAGUGUCUCCAUGACUACAAAGUGCAGGAAGAAUCCAGUAAAGGUCAAGGUCAUUUGAUGUCUGACAACAGUGAAACACAAAAUGAAGAACCUAACUCCACAGUAGACAUAGGGACGCCCCCAGUCUGUGGGAAGGGGUUUAUUGAUAUGGUGUUUUAUGUGUUCUACCUACCUCUCUUUUUCACGGGACCACUGUUGACUUUCAACGCAUUCAAAAAACAGAUGAACAAUUUCUGCAAGUCAGAUUCCAGCAGUCUGCCCUAUUUAUUUCUGAAUGUAGUGAGAUUCCUGCUCUGGGGAGCUGUAAAUGAAUUCCUUCUUCACUUUCUGUAUUUCAAUGCCAUUCAGCAGAACAACACACUUAUGAAUCGCUUGGACCUAUGGACCCUGGCUGGAGUCGGCUACUGGAAUGGUCAGUUCUUUAUGAAUAAGUACACAGUUCUCUAUGGGGUACCGGCCAGUGUGGCUCACCUGGAGAAGUUGGAUCCUCCCCCAGGUCCUAGAUGUGUGGCUUACAUCUACACCUACUCGGAAAUGUGGAAAUACUUUGACAGAGGAAUGUACAGUUUUAUCAAAAGAUACAUCUUCUUCCCCUUGGGUGGAUCUGAGAGUGGUGUAGUAAGGAAGACAUUGGCUUCUGUGGCCUGUUUUGUGUUUGUUUACGUGUGGCAUGGCUCGGAGUAUUAUGUGUUUUUGUGGACACUUUUUAAUUUUGUGGGUGUUAUUGUGGAGAGAAUUGCCCAGGGGAUUCUGGAAGUCCCAUCUGUGAUAAAUAUUCAGAGAAGGUAUCUAACAAAGGAGUGGAUCCGGCGAUUGUACGGGUUCCUGAGCGUUCCUCUGUUUCUGAUGUCAGCCAUCACUGCCUUCUGUUUUUUUGGUGGAAGCUCUGUAGGUUUUAUAUUCUACAGCAGGUACAUCUCAUCAGGGAAUUUCCAGGCAUUGGCAACUGUUUACGCUAUCUUAUAUUGCUGUGUGCAAUCUAGCAUGGAAAUAAAGCGCAACUCACAUAUUAGCAAGGAAUGACCAAAGGAAAGCUAAGAUUAGGAAUGUCUUUUUAAUCACAUGACUACAACAGCCAAUGAAAAGGUCGAGAGGGCUGAUAUAAAAACAGUAACAAGAUAUCACAUUUUAUUGGAUAACAAAGAGGUACUAUUGCAAUAAAACAGUACAGGAGAUUUGAAGGGAAAAAAAAACUGAGGGCAAUAAAAAAUUGCCUUGGUUUAUUGGAGGAAGUGUCUCUGUGACUAGAAAUUUUAAGUACAGUAGAAAUAUGUGUAAGAAAAAUGUUUCACUUUGUCAUUUAAGUACAGUAGAAUUGGGAGAAAUAUAAUUAUGCAAUGUGUCAUUUAAGUUCAGUAGAAUGGGGAGAAAUAUAAUUAUAUAAUGUGUGAUUUAAGUACAGUAGAACUGGGAGAAAUAUAAUUAUGUAAUGUGUCAUUUAAGUACAGUAGUGCAACCUUUUGAGAAAUUUGUGUAACUAUUCAUUUAAGUACAGCAGAAUGGUGAGAAAUACAUGUAUGUGUAACUAUGUCAUUUAAUGGUGAGAAAUUUGUGUAACUAUGUCAUUUAAGUACAGUUGAAUAGUGAGAAGUAUGUGUAACUAUGUCAUUUAAGUGAGAAAAAUGUGUAACUGCAUCAUUAUUAGUAAAGCAGAGCAUUAAGAAAUGUGUAAUUUGUCAUUUUAGGUACAGUAGAAUGGUGAGAAAGAUGUGUAACUAUGUCAUUCAAGUACUGUAGAGUGAAGAGAAGUAUAUGUUACUACCAGCAUUCUUUCACAAGUAAAGUAGAAUUGUAAGAAAUAUGUAUAAUGUUUCAUUUAAGUACAGUAGAAUAGUGAGAAAUAUGUGUAACUAUGUCAUUUUAUUGGCGAGAAAAUGUGUACCUGUCAUUUAAGUACAGUAGAACAGUGAGAAGUAUGAAACUAUGUAAUUUAAGUACAGAAGAAGUGAGAAAUAUGUGUAACUAUGUCAUUAAAUUGGUGAGAAAUAUGUGUAACUAUGUCAUUACAUUGGUGAGAAAUAUGUGUAACUAUGUCAUUAAAUUGGUGAGAAAUAUG